AACUUGGUUCCUAUUGAUUUCAAUGUAGCUGCAGUGUCAGAAGACUUCCAACUAUCUGCUCAGUUUUCUUCUCAUGCUUGCCAAUCAGUAUGGCACUGAAAAGAAAUUUAAUGGGCCAGCUGCUCCUACAUGUAACUAUGGGGUUUGCCCUUCUUUAUACAAAGGACCUAGAAGUAAAAGCACAAUCUGAGCUUCCCACACCUUCACAACAGCCUCCUUCCUCGGACAUGACUACAGCCAGUACAAUGACAACACCGUCACCACCAACAACACAGUCACCACAACCAUCUUUUGAUAAACCCACAAAGAUGCAAUGGGCAAAAGCUGGCAAUAAGAUCAAAUUACUUGAAUGGCUAAUUGAAGGGUGCUGGAGUGAAAACAAUCAGCCAUGUCCAGAAGCUAAGGAGCCUGAAGAAGUUGAGUAUGAAGGCUAUGAUGGAUUUUACAACAACCUUGCACGGCCUGACUUAGGAGCUGUAGAUACUCCUCUACUACGGCGCUGGCCAGCAGCAUACAAGGAUGGUGUGUAUGAACCUUCAGGCCAUGACCGACCUAACCCACUGGAUCUCAGUGAACAGCUACUGAAAGGUGAAAUUGGUACCAUGUCAAAAACUGGAAAAACUGCAUUACUUGUAUUCUUUGGUCAACAAGUAGUUGAGGAGAUCUUAGAUGCACAAAGACCUGCAUGUCCUCCAGAAUACUUCAACAUCAAGAUACCAGAAAGUCAUCCAUACUUCAGAAAUAAACCACAUCAUUCUGAAAUGCCACUGCUGAGAACACGCUAUGAUAUGCGCACUGGGUUUUCACCAGGCAAUCCUCGUCAACAGCUGAAUGAGAUUACACCAUGGCUUGAUGGUGGUCUUAUCUAUGGAACAACCAAAGCCUGGUCUGAUCACCUACGGAUGUAUGAAAAUGGAACAAUGGCUCCCCAUGGUCUGCUGGCAGCUUCAAAUGGUGGAUUGUUUCCAGACUACAACAAAGUGAGACUUCCCAUGGCCAACCCACCACCUCCAUUCUAUCACGGGGAGUUUAUAAGGAAGCAUGAAACCUUUAAGGUUGAUAGAUUUUUCAAACUGGGAAACCCUCGUGGUAAUGAGAAUCCAUUCUUACUAACAUUUGGUAUUCUGUGGUUUCGCUGGCACAAUCACCUAGCCAGCUAUCUAAACAAUGCACACCCUCAAUGGAAUGAUGAAAAGGUCUACAAUGAAGCAAGAAAAUGGGUCAUUGCUAGUCAGCAGCACAUUGUGAUAAAUGAGUGGUUGCCAGAAUGGCUAGGUAGAAAAUUGGAUACAUAUAAAGGUUAUGAUCCAAGUACUGAUCCGCAGAUAGAUCAGUUCUUUCAGGCAGCAGCUUUCAGGUUUGGACAUACACUUGUACCACCAGGCGUUUAUUUGAGGGAUUAUGCUAAAAAUGACUGUAUGCUAGUAAAAAAUGUCUCAAAGGAAAGCAGAAAGAAAGACUUAAUUAUCAAUGGGACUGUCCGUACUUGUAACAGUUUCUGGAGACCUCAGGAUUUUAUUGAGGCUACUACCACAGAAGGAAAAUUCAUUGACAUUGAUCGUGUACUGAUGGGAAUGGCAUUCCAGUUAUGUGAAGAAGAGGAUCAUAAAAUAGUUGAAGAUCUAAGAGGACGAGUGUUUGGCCCACUAGAAUUUUCACGACGAGAUUUAAUGGCAAUCAAUAUUCAAAGGGGUCGUGAUCAUGGUCUUCCUGAUUAUAACACUGCUCGUCAAGUGUUUGGCUUGAAAAGAAUAAAUAAAGUGACGGACUUCAAAUAUGUGGAUCGUAAGAUUCAAGGAGCAUUUAUGAAGUUACACAACAAUACACUGGAUAAUGUCGAUGUGUGGGUAGGUGGUAUUUUAGAAACCAAUAACGGUCCAGGAGAGCUUUUCACUAAAAUAAUUAAAGAUCAGUUCACAAGAAUACGUGAUGGUGAUCGCUUCUGGUACAAAAACAUGAAUAACAGACUAUUUACCAAAGAACAAGUUGGUCGUCUGGAACAGCUGUCAGUAUAUGAUAUAAUACUGUCAGUAACUGAACUGAACUAUGAUGAUAUUCAAACCAACCCAUUUGUAGCACCCUCUCAAGACAACGGCUUAAAUGACUUGCAUCCGAAGUGCAGAGAAGUAUUGCUUAACAAAAACUGCACGAGACAAAAUGACUCCCAGGAUUUUCUCUGUCACUACCUUCCACAAAUAAAUGUGUCCAAGGUUGAAGAAUGUACUGAACCAGAAACAUAUGAUUAUUUCUCCGGCAGCGAAGAGUCAUUUAUUUUCACAUUUAUUGGAAAUGGACUACUCAUUCUUGGUUUUGUGGGUAUACUUUUCAGUCUUGUUAGACAUAAGAAAAAGGAACAGCGAGAAAGGAUGUCCAGAACUGCUGAAAUGGCACGGCAAUCAUUCCGCACAGAGAGACAUCUCAUUCGAUACUCAGUGUUUGAAUGGGUGGACCAGAAGUCUCCAUUGCGACCUGUGGUUGUGGUGAUGAAUCCAGAUAACAAGCAACUGCAGGUGCGGAACCAAGUUGGUCAUUUGCUACGAGCCAUGGAUCUCGCACAUGGACAACUAAUUGAGGUUUACAUCAUCAGUGAUGGUAGACAUCUCAUGCUUCGUGUCAGGAAUGAUUAUGAUCUGGUGCUGAAAUUUGAAAGUGAAUACCUUCGAGAGAAUUUCCUUCAAGGUUUUGAACAAUUUAUUCAGCAAGUGGGUGUCACAAGACAACGCAUAACUAUGGCUCUACCCCCAGCUCUCCGCCAGGCUGUUACACGUAAAGACAGGCAGAUGCGGCUUGAGAUGUUCUUUAGGGUUGUGUUCUCUCAGGCAUUCAAGAUCUCGCAUUCAGAAGAUGAAAUACUAAAACUGGAUUCCCAAGCAGCCCGUGAAAUAAUCUACACUGAGCUCACUAGGAGUGAAUUUGCUGAAGCACUGAGUAUGCCAGCUGAAUCCGAGUUUGUUCGCAAGAUGUUUUCACUGGUUGACAAGGACAGAAAUGGAUUUAUAUCCUUCAGGGAGUUUGUGGAUAUGCUCAUUAUAUUUGCAAAAGGGACUGCUGAUGACAAAGCUAAGCUGAUGUUUGACAUGUAUGACAUCAAUGCCACUGGCCAGCUGACUCAAGCAGACUUCAAAAAUAUGAUAAUGUCCCUGAUGGAGAAUGUGAGAGCUGAUGUUCAACAGCAAGACCUACAAACAGCAAUCAACACCAUCUUGUCAGCAGAAGGACUUGCAAAUAAGGAUGUGAUAACUGUAGAGGAUUUUCAACGACUUCUCUCAAACAAUGAGGGAAGGUUAGGCAUUGACCAAUUAAACCUCACAGGUAUACCAGUGCCACAAGGGAAGGUUGCUGCAUUGAACAGAAGAACCUUUAUUGAUCAUGCACGUGUCACCGUGUCCAGCAUAUACAGAGAUGUAAGGGAACCGAUGUCUGAAACUACAAGUAACACAGACGCAGUUCACAGUUCAGUGAGAAAUGAUCCCACUAUAGAUAAUGAUCAAGAGAACAACAGAAAGGAGGAACCCAUUGAGAGCUCAUUUUGGAUAUCUAUAAAACGGAAUAUUGAGAAUUAUUCACGAGAGAUCUUUUGGCUGGCACUUUACACCUUUGUGCUUCUAGCAAUAUUUGCAGAAAGAGCAUACUACUAUUCUGUGGAGCGUGAACACUCAGGCCUGAGACAGAUUGCUGGGUACGGUGUAACAGUAACUCGAGGAGCAGCUUCUGCCAUGAUGUUUACCUACUCAUCCCUGCUUAUCACCAUGUGUCGCAACACCAUCACAGUGCUUCGAGAUACUUUCCUUCACAUCUAUAUCCCAUUUGAUUUAGCAGUUUCAUUCCACAAAUACAUUGCAAUGUGGGCUCUUGUAUUCACAGUUAUGCACUGUAUUGGCCAUGCAUUCAAUUUCUACAGCAUUUCUACUCAGACUUCUGAUGAUCUAACUUGUCUGUUCCGGAAUUUCUUUCAUUCGACUCAUGAAAUACCAAAGUUCCAUUACUGGUGCUGGCAAACAAUUACUGGAGUAACUGGUAUACUUCUCACCCUCUUAACAGCACUGAUGUUCAUCUUUGCCUUGCCACUUGCACGCCGGCGGCUGUACAAUGCAUUUUGGUAUACUCAUUCUCUCUAUCCAGUAUUCUACCUCCUCAUGAUCUUACAUGGAGCAGGGCGCUUAAUACAGCCGCCAUAUUUCUACUAUUUCUUUCUGGGGCCAUGUGUAUUAUUUACUGUUGACCGGCUGAUUUCAGUCAGACGAAAGAAAGUUGAGAUUCCUGUUCUGAAGGCUGAACUUCUACCAUCCGAUGUAACAUUUUUGGAGAUCAAGAAACCAAACGACUUUGAAUAUAAGUCUGGACAAUGGGUGCGUGUGGCUUGCCCUGAUCUAAGCACAAGCGAAUAUCAUCCCUUCACCCUAUCCUCGGCACCCCAUGAGAAGAAUCUCACAAUACACAUUCGAGGUGUUGGACCAUGGACAACAAAUAUUCGCAGAAUCUAUGAUCCAAAUCUGCUAGGCGAAAACCCACUUCCUAAGAUUCGUCUUGAUGGUCCUUAUGGUGAAGGGCAUCAAGACUGGUAUAAAUUUGAUGUAGCUGUAUUGGUUGGUGGUGGAAUUGGAGUCACUCCCUUUGCUUCAAUUCUUAAGGAUAUUGUCUUCAGAUCUAACAUGCAACAUAAUACUGCCUGCAAGAAGGUAUAUUUUCUAUGGGUAACAAAGACACAGAAGCAGUUCGAGUGGCUGGUGGAUAUAAUUCGAUACCUGGAGAAUGUGGACAAAGGAAGAACUGUUUCCAUUCAUAUAUUCAUCACUCAAUUCUAUCAGAAGUUUGAUCUCAGAACCAUUCUACUGUACAUCUGUGAGCGCCAUUUUCAACGGGUUUGUGAUCGAUCUCUCUUUACUGGAUUGAAAGCAGUCACUCAUUUUGGAAGACCUAACUUCACACAAUUUUUCAAGUCAGUUCAAGCAAUACAUACAGAGGUACGCAAAAUUGGAGUCUUUAGCUGUGGACCACCUCUCAUGACUCAAAUUGUGGACAAAGCCUGUCUGGGAUUGAACACAGAAACAUCCGAAGGACCUAGUUUUCAACAUCACUUCAAGAAUUUCUAAGAACUUCAUACUUCAUAUAUAACGUUGAAUCAGUAACCUACAAUUAAAGUUACUCCAUUAUGCGUUUAUCAAAACAGUUCUGAUUUUACACCUUUCUCUUGUUCAAAUAAUGUCAAUUUGAAGUCAAGUUGAACCUCUGCUCAGAGCCAAUUUUUAAUUACCAAUACAUCAGUCCAGAGUAAAGUCUGCCUGGCUGAAAUCACUAAUUACAGAAGGUAGUAGUUUCAAGAAAUCAGUCAAUAAAAAAAAAACUCAGUGAUUUUAGUCUGCAAGCCAA